CUCUUUUUUUUCCUUCUUCACGACGCGAUUUCCUUGAACAACUCGGGACGAGCAGAACCGCAUUCUCUUCGCGACUUCUUUCUCUUCUCUUCUUGUGAUUCUACUUACUAAAGUCAUUACCGUCAUCUAACACAUCUGUUGCAAUGGCUGCUGUUCCCGGUCCCGUCUAUGGCCUCGAGGUCCCGCCUGGAGAGGUGCUGAUCCCGGCCAACUUGGAGUUUCCUGCCUCUUUCCGCAUCACCAUGGCCGCUCUCGACCCUACUGAGGAGCCCGAGCUUGAUGACUCUAAGCCCACCCCUUCAGUCCCUCGCUCAACUCUGCGCCUGAUCAAGCGCGCCUUCCCUGACCAGGAUGGCAACGAUGAUGAGAAUGACCUCGAUGAAGAGUACAUGAGAGCCCUUCUCGGCAACUCUGACGACGAGGAUGACGAGGCCAACGGCGGCCCCAGCGACCCCGCCAAGGCUAAGAAGCAGAAGCAGGCUGCUGCCAUCAAGCAGCUUCUCGAGGCCACCAACGGCGAGGGCUCAGAAGAUGAGGACAUGGAGGAUGCCGAGGCCAACGGCGUCAAGCCCAAGAAGGGCAAGAAAGAGAACGCCAAGGGCAAGGGCAAGGGCAAGGGCAAGGCCGUUGAGCAGGAAGUUGAGGAGGAGGAGGACGAUGAGGAUGACGAGGACGACUUCGACGAGGAGGAGGGCGGCGAUCUCGAGAACUUUGUUCUCUGCACUCUCGACACUGAGAGGAACUACCAGCAGCCUCUCGACAUCACUGUCAACCAAGGCGAGAAGGUCUUCUUCUGCGUCUCGGGAACACACACUGUUUACCUGACCGGCAACUACAUCAUGGAUGAUGAUGAGGAGGACGAUGAGGAUGGCGAGGAUGACUAUGACCUGUCUCCCGAUGAGCUGGAGUAUGCCAUGGGCGAGGAUGACAGCGAGGAGGAGAGCGACGACCUUGAUGAUAUUGCGGACCCCCGUGUCACCGAAAUCGAGACUGACGAGGAGGAGGCUCCCCAGCUGGUGGCCACCGACAACAAGAAGGGCAAGAACAAGCGCUCUGCUGCCGAGGCCGAGGGUCUUGAUGAUCUCAUGGCCAAGUCUGCUGAUUCCAAGCUUUCCAAGAAGCAGCAGAAGAAGCUCAAGAACAACAAGGGCGAGGCUGUGGCCGCUGAGGAGAAGGAGAAGGAGGAGACCAAGAAGGACGCCAAGAAGGUCCAGUUCGCCAAGAACUUGGAGCAGGGUCCUACCGGCUCAGCUGAGAAGGCCAAGAAGGCGGCCAAGCCCUCUCUCGGAGUUAAGAACGUCCAGGGCGUGACGAUUGACGACCGCACUAUCGGCAAGGGCCGCACUGUCAAGAACGGCGACACCGUUGGUGUCCGCUACAUUGGCAAGCUCCAGAACGGACAGCAGUUUGAUGCCAACAAGAAGGGCAAGCCUUUCUCCUUCAAGAUUGGCAAGGGCCAGGUCAUCAAGGGCUGGGACAUUGGCAUUGUGGGCAUGGCCAUCGGUGGCGAGCGUCGCCUGACGAUUCCCGCCCACCUGGCCUACGGCUCCAAGAGCCUGCCUGGCAUCCCCGCCAACAGCACAUUGACCUUCGAUGUUAAGCUGCUCGAGAUCAAAUGAAGCACAGUGUCUUAUUAAACUUGGGACUGGCGUUGGAUGACUUCCACGGUUGCGUGUCUUAAUUAUUUGCUCGCAUUCUCUCGACCACGUGGAAAGUCGGGCAUGGUU